ACUGUGUACAAAAUUGAAGGCAGGAUUAAUAAUUUCCUCAUUUCGUAUUUCGGCGGAAACAAAAUAAAGUUAUUUCGUUGCACACGGAAAAAAACUACAAAAUCCGAGAAUUAAUUAAAAAUUAUAACUAAUUACAAAUAGUAUCUAAGCAAUCGAAACAAAGAAAAAACCAAACAAAAGUCAUUUGUCAUGCCUUUGGGAGCGACCGAUGAAAAAAGAAUAUAGUUGUGCAAGAAUUUAGCAUACAAAAAUGAUUAUUUAGUGAAAAUUCAAGAAUUUCAUUGAAAAGCAAUUAAUCCAAAGCUAACUUAACAACGAAAUGGAAGUCUUUCAAACGGAUAACUUCUACAUUUUUGUAAAGCGAGAGAAGAGUCUUUGGUGGAAUAGGACAACAUCGGAAUUUGCCAUUAAAGCAGGCUGGGAUCUCUCCUCUGUCGAUGAUAUUGAAUGCAUUGGCAUAACGCAUGGUAUUGUAGGCGUUAUAUCCCUACCGAAUGUCUAUGAACCGCAUCUUGUGAUAAUUAAGGAGGCUACACCAGUUGGUGUACUUUAUCCACCACAUUUAGUGUAUAAAAUUAAGUCAAUAUGUAUUUUAAGUGCUGACGAUCCGGACACUAGCCUUACACCAUGUACACGCCAUUCAAGGAGUUCCAAUACAACGCCGACACAUUCUAGAAACUCUUCAACAUCAUCGUCAUCAAUUGCUGCGAACAAUGCAAGCAAUGCGAAUGUCAAUUCCGCGACAUCAACAUCGUCGUCACGAACCAAACUAUUUGAGGGCAAUCAGCUGAUGAAUAAAACCUGGGGUGCUGUCAAAAGUGCUGGAACAACCAUCAAGAAUACAACACAACAAGCCGCUGCGUUGGCCUCAAAUCAAGUUAAAUCUUCGGUGGGCAUUAAGGAUCCAUCGAGAAUUGAGAAACGUAUUACAGAGGAGUUACACAAAGUAUUCGAUGAUACGGAUAGUUUUUAUUUUUGUUUUGAGCAUGAUAUUACCAACAAUUUGCAACGUCAUUUGCCGGCCGGCUCAACAGAUCAGCAGACGCCGGAUGAGAGGUUCUUUUGGAACAUGCAUAUGUUGGAAGCAAUUAUGAAAUUGAAUGACAAAACAUGGAUCUUGCCCAUUAUUCAGGGUUUCGUGCAAGUCGAGACAUGUGUCAUUGGCAAUGAAUGCUUUAACUUGGCCUUGGUUUCGCGCAGAUCAAGACAUCGUGCUGGCACGCGUUACAAGCGACGUGGUGUCGAUGAAAAUGGAAAUUGCGCCAACUAUGUUGAGACCGAGCAAAUACUCACAUUUCGCCAUCAUCAAUUGGCCUUUACUCAAGUUCGGGGAUCUGUACCAAUUUAUUGGUCCCAGCCAGGCUAUAAAUAUCGACCUCCACCUCGUUUGGAUAGGGGUGAACAAGAGACCCAAGAGGCCUUUGAGAUACAUUUCAACAAAGAACUCGACGUUUACGAGGGCGUGUGCAUAGUAAAUUUGGUCGAACAAAGCGGCAAGGAGAAGCUAAUUGGUGAUGCAUAUGCUAAGCAUGUUUUGAAAUACAACAAUGAUCGUAUUGUCUACAUAACUUUUGAUUUUCAUGACUAUUGCCGUGGCAUGCGUUUUGAAAAUGUCUCGGCACUGGUAGAGGCUUUAGCCCCGGAGGCUGGUGCAAUGGGUUUCCAUUGGCGUGAUCAACGUGGUGUUAUUUGUAAUCAGAAAUCAGUUUUUCGUGUUAACUGCAUGGAUUGUCUGGAUCGUACAAAUGUGGUGCAAACCGCUUUGGGCAAAGCAGUAUUAGAGUCACAAUUAGUUAAAUUGGGUAUGGCUCCGCCGUAUACACCCAUACCAGAGGCUUUGAAAUCCCCGUUUAUGGUAUUGUGGGCGAAUAAUGGUGACAUUAUAAGUCGUCAAUAUGCCGGAACAAAUGCAUUGAAGGGUGAUUACACACGUACGGGUGAACGUAAAAUAAGCGGCAUGAUGAAAGACGGCAUGAAUUCAGCUAAUCGUUUUUUCAUACAAAAUUUUGCCGACACAUUUCGUCAGUGCAUGAUUGAUUUAAUGCAGGGCCAACUGAAUGAUGCCCAGCAAUUGAAAGAGGAUGAAGUGUUGACAACAAUACUACAAAUCUUGUGUCCCUCGGUGCCAGCGCCAACAAGGGGCUAUUAUUAUGCGGGUGUUUUGCAACCGGAAUUGCAAUUAUUGGAAAACGUCAUUUAUACCAGUUAUUACUUGGCACGUUUUAAGGACAGCUAUCGCCAAGCCACCAUAGAUUUAAUGUUAGGAAAUCCCGUGACCUCUGAGUCUUUAAACGCAUUGGGGGGUCAAGCGGCCCCGGACGACACCGAUGCUUCGGAAGGCGCCGAACACGCAAAAUUGCUUGUGGAGGAUUGCCGUAAACUGUUAUUGGGCUCAGCUCAAUAUCCGGUUGGUGCAUGGGGUCUGAUUGAUGCCGAUCCAGGUUCUGGUGACAUAAAUGAAACCGAAGUUGAUAGCAUAUUAUUGUUAACUGAUGAUAGUUAUAUAGUAGCCGAAUAUGAUUCACAUUUAGAUAAGAUUGUACGUUUUGAAAAGGUGCUUUUGGAAAACAUUGUUAUGAUUGAAUUGGGCAUGUAUCAACAAUCGAAAAUGUUCCAAGGCUCGACGCCAGCAAUGCUGUGUCUGCGUAUCAACUACACAGUUGAUGGUGUUGAUGGAUAUUUCCAUAUGUUUAGAUCGGCAAAUAUUCGAUUCUUUAACAAUAUGGCAUAUCCGAUUAAGACACAAGAGGAAAUAUCUGAAUCCAUGCAAUCGAUUGUGGAAAUGUUUCGCAUAGCUUUGGAUACGGCUGGCCGUCCCGAUGUGAAAUUUAUUACAGGUGGUGUCUUACAAAGACGUAAGAGUCGAAAUCCCCUAUUGGAAGUACCAAAGGGAAUGCCUCGCAAUCUCUCCGAAUCUCAAUUGCUGCAAAUAAGUUCAAAAGCGUUUUCCAAUGUCGCUGGUCAAUUCUCGAAAUUAGGGCAAACGCUCAAUCCAAACAAAAAUAAGACAUCGAAUGCUCCAAGCACAUCAAAUAAAACCGCUCAAAUUAAUCCUCAAGUAAUGCGUCAAUCACAAACUUCCAUAGACAAGUGUAUGGAAGCGACAGAGAAGCCAAUAUUUACCGUGGGUAAAUCAUCAAAACUCUCCACCAGUGGUUCGGAUUCAGAGGAAAAUGAUAACAGUAUUUUUGAACCUGAUGUAGAUUCUGAUACCGAAUUGGCCAUAUCGGCGGCAACAAAUUUCAAUUUUAACAACGAUAACAAUUUCUUACCCUCGGUGGGUAUUGUCAUGGGUAAUGCCCAAGAAACUGUGGAAAUACAAUCGCCCGGUUCAGAUAAUAUGCAACAGUUGAGAGAUAAGGAUAAUGCCGUCAAACAUACGGAAAAUGUCAAUUCAAUUUCGAUUUCAUCGGUGGCUAAUAAUGUCACUUUGCCAACAGGUCUAUUGGAAAAUGCUCCACCGUUAAGACCCAUUACACCCAAUCCACAAAUAUGUAUACAAGAUGAUGUGGCUUCGUCGUCGUCAUCUGUUGCGCCUGAGAAUCAAUCAAGCAGAUCUAUGUCCCCCAAGGAUCUUAAACUACCCAUAGAUGCGGGUAAAUUGAAACAAUUAAAAUCAAUGACUAGCCCCUUAUCGAAAAUCGCCAAAGGAGUACAAAACAUUGGUAUGAAUUUGGAUCCUAGGAAAAUUGCAAAGUCCGGCGUCCUAACACCAACUUCCACGGGCUCGGCUGACAAUACACCGCCCGAACGUAGUCUCAACAACAAGGUGCAACUAGAAGAAAUGUGGCUGGAGCAUAAUUGCAAAACCAAACUAAUAGCUUUGUAAAUUCCAAAAUUGUCCAAAACGAAUAGGGAACAUAAAUAUUUUUAUUUCAAAACCAAAGGUCACACAAAUAAUACAAUAAUUAUUGUUUUAAAUUUAUGUUAAAAUUAUUUGUAAACAAAAAACUAAAAAACAACAACACUUUAACACUGCUACAAUUCCAAAGUUCUAAAAAUAUAUAUAUUUAAAUUUGUAAUCUACACACUAUGAAUUAAUGCAAUUACCCAUGAUCCGACAUAGCUAACCGUAAACAUCCUGACGAAUAUUUAUAUAUAUAUAGUACAAACAGUCGGUGUUGAAAGGCACACAAACUCAAAAACGCAUAUGUAUUUAUAUUGAAUGGUUGUUAAAUGAACGAACAAUUAGUUUGCUUAAUUUAUGUUUAGUUUUAGAAUAAAAAAAAACAUACACAUCUUGAAA